UCAAUUUUCCUCUCACCUCUCCACCAGGCUCCUUCCUGGAGCACCCUUCCUGCUCCACGUUUUCCUUCCGCUCCCCAUCUACUGGGCUUUCUUCGCUCCUAUGCCCCACAGCCCCACAGGAACCCCGCCUUCUUGCCCUUGUGCCGCAGGGGCUUCUGGGACAAGGAGCCUCUGGACUGCCCCACAGGCCCUGGUAGCUCCGCACUGCCACUCUUUCUGAGGGCAGCUAAGUGAGGACACGAAGUUGGAGCGCUGAGAUCUGCGAAGAGUAGCAGGACUCCCCGCUCAGGCACAGUACUAUCUGUGUUCUAGCUGGCUCUGGUCACUUACUAGCGGUAGCCCGGUGCUCUUUGUGGGGAUCAGGACGAGGGCCUGCCAUUCCCCUAUCGCCAUGGGCACUGGAAGGACAGUCACCCAUCUGCCAACCAAGGAGACCCUGGGGUCGGUGACAUUCAGGGAUGUGAUCGUGGACUUCACCCAGGAGGAGUGGCAGCAGCUGAAGCCUGCGCAGAAGGACCUGUACAGUGAUGUGAUGAUGGAGAUCUACCUGAACCUGGUCUCGCUGGACUUGGAGACUGAAGGGGACAUGAAUGAACUGGACCCAGAGAAGGACUCUUGGGAAGAAAGAACAUCCAUUGCGGUGGUGGAAGGACUUACGAGGAAUGGAGCCCAGGGUCAUGCCUGUGAAAAAGGAGGGAUACAGGGGGACAGGGCGGGGCAGCUACACAGGAGCACGGGGACCUGUCUGGAGCUUUUGGAUGUGUCCCAAGUGUUAGCCCCUGAAUGCUGUAAAUUCAAUGCAUUCAUCCACCAGAGCCCCAUGCUGGCCCCACCAAGAGAAGUGGGGAUGCUCUGUUUCACCAUGUGUGGGAAGAACUCUGGUACUUCCAGCCUCGGUCCUCCCUCCCAACUUUGUACAGAGAACACAUGCAAGUGUGGACGCUGUGGCAAGAUUCUGAGCUAUAGUUCAUCACUGGGGAAAAACCAACGAAUCCACUCCAGGGAGAAGCCAUGCAUGUGUGAGGAGUGCAGCACGUCCUGCAGCCAGGAGGAUAACCUCAUCCUACACCAGAGGACGCACACCAGGGAGAGGCCAUAUGUGUGCAGGGAGUGCGGGAAGGCGUUCAGAUGGAAUAGUCACUUCAUCAAGCAUCUGAGGACGCACUCCGGGGAGAUGCAGUACACAUGCGGGGUUUGCGGCAAGGCCUUCAGGAAGAGAAAAUACCUCAUCCAGCAUGAGAGGACACACACUGGGGAGAAGCCAUAUGUGUGCGGGGACUGUGGGAAGGCAUUCAGUAAGAAAUCGAGUCUCAAUUUGCAUCAGCGGAUGCACACUGGGGAGAAGCCGUACUCGUGUGGGGACUGUGGUAAGGCCUUCACACAGAAAUCGAUCUUAUGUGUGCAUCAAAGGACACACACUGGGGAGAAGCCUUAUGCAUGCAGCAUCUGUGGUAAAGCCUUCAAAGAGAAUAGGCACCUCAUCGAGCACCAGAGGUUGCACACUGGAGAGAAGCCAUACGUGUGCGGGGACUGCGGCAAAGUCUUCAGCAGGAAAUCGACUCAUUAUGCCCAUCAAAGGACACACACCAAAGAGAAGCCAUAUGUGUGUGGAGAUUGUGGCAAGGCCUUCAGGAAAAAAAAGUACCUCGUCCUACAUGAAGGGACGCACACUGGGAAGAAGCCAUAUGUGUGCGGGGACUGUGGCAAGGCCUUCACUGCGAAUGGCAGCCUCAUGGUGCAUCAGAGGACACACACCGGGGAGAAGCCUUAUACGUGCGGUGACUGCGGCAAGGCCUUCAGCCGGAAAAGGUACCUCAUCCUGCAUGAGAUGACGCACACUGGGGAGAAGCCGUACCCUUGUGGAGACUGCAGCAAAGCCUUCAGCCAGAAAUGGAGCCUUUAUGUGCAUCAGAGAACACACAGUGGAGAGAAGCCGUAUACGUGCAGUGUCUGCAGCAAGGCCUUCAGCCAAAAAUCGAACCUCGUUGUGCAUCAAAGGACGCAUAGCAAGGAGAAGACAGGCACCGCCCUCCUGCUCAUCACCAAAAGGUGCCGCGCGCGGUGGCUUCUGGGACGUGGAGCCGCAGGAUCGCCUCUCCGGCUCGCAAGUGGUCAGCAGCACCAGCUGGUUCCCAGAGGGGGUUCUGGGAAGCGUGGUCUGGCCCGAGCAGGCGCAUUGCGAUCGGAGGUCCAGGCGGACGCCGGUCACUUUCCUGAGCCUGUCUGUGCCCCAGUCACCAUGGGCACUGGAAGGAUGGCCACCCAGCAGCUGACCACAAAGGUCCUGGGGGCGGUGGCGUUCAGGGAUGUGAUCGUGGACUUCACCCAGGAGGAGUGGCAGCAGCUGCAGCCUGCGCAGAAGGACCUGUACAGGGACGUGAUGAUGGAGACCUACUGGAACCUGGUGUCACUGGACUUGGAGACUAGACCUGGCGUGAAAGAAUUGGACCCACAGGAGGACAACUUGGGAGGCAGGCCAUCCAUUGCAGUGACUGCAGAAGGACCUACGAGAAAUGGUACCCAGGGUUGCACCUAUGAAGGAGCAGGAACACAGGGUCACUGGGUGGGGUGGUCACGUGGGAGCCCAGUGACCUAUCUAGAGUGUUUGGACAUGUACCAAGCGUUAGCCUCUGAAUGUUGUGAAUCUACGAAAUUGGUGCACCAACACCCUAUGCAUGUCCCAACAAGAUGGGAGGUAGAGAAAGGAGAGAGGACACACCCGUUUACCAUGAGUGGGAAACACUCAGGCACUUCAAGCCUCAAUCCUCCCUCCAAACACUCUGCAGAGAAGCCCUACGGGUGCCGGGACUGCAGCAUGGCUUUCAGUUACCACUCGUCCCUGAAGGAGCACCAACAUAUCCACACCAGGAAGAAGCCUUUCUCAUGCACCACGUGUGGUAAGCAGUUCACCCUGCGGUCUUCCCUCACCACCCACCAGCGCCUGCACACUGGGGAGAAGCCGUACGUGUGCUUGGACUGUGGCAAGGCCUUUACGCGGAAGAGGAGCCUCAUCGUGCAUCAGAGGACACACACCGGGGAGAAGCCUUACACGUGCAGGUACUGCGGCAAGGCCUUCACCCGGAACGUGUACCUCAUCAUACACCAGAGGACACACACUGGGGAGAAGCCGUAUGUGUGCCAGGACUGUGGCAAGGCCUUCACCCAGCACAGGAGCCUCAUUGUGCAUCAGAGGACACACACUGGGGAGAAUCCGUACACAUGUGGGGAAUGCGGCAAGGCCUUCAGCCAGAAGGCACACGUCAUGCAGCACCAGAGGACACACACCGGAGAAAAGCCGUACAAAUGUGUGGAGUGCGGAAAGGCCUUCAGCCAGAAGGCCAACAUCGUCCGGCACCAGAGGACACACACCAGGGAGAAGCUUUAUACGUGCAAGGACUGUGGAAUGGCCUUCAGGCUAAACAGAAAACUCAUUGAGCAUCAGAGGACGCACGCCUGGGUGAAGCCCUAUUUCUGUCGGGACUGCGGCAUGGCCUUCAGUCAGAAUGAUUACCUCAUCGCACACCAAAAGACGCACAUCGGGGAGAAGCCUUACGUAUGCUGGGACUGUGGCAAGGCCUUCAGGCAGAAAAGGAGCCUUAUUGACCACCUGAGGACACACACUGGGGAGAAGCCGUACACGUGUGGGGACUGCGGCAAGGCCUUCAGCCGGCAGGAGUGCCUGAAAGCUCACCAGAAGAUACACAGCGAGGAGAAGCUGUAUGCAUGUGGGGAAUGUGGCAAGGCCUUUAAACAUAAAGGGUACCUCACCGUACACCUGAGGACGCACACUGGGGUGAAGCCAUACGUGUGUAGUACCUGUGGCAAGGCCUUCAGCCGGAACAGGAGCCUCGUCAUGCAUCAGAGGAUACACACAGGGGAGAAACCGUACUCUUGUGCGGACUGCGGGAAGGCCUUCCGCCGGAAUGAUCACCUCAUUAUGCAUCAGAGGACGCACGUGGCCAAGGAGCUGUAUACCGUGGCCAGCGCAGCAAGGCCUUUAGGCAACACUUCUCGCUCAGUAUGCACUGGCGAGUGCACGCCAGGAAAAAGCCCCACACAUGUGGCCAGUGCAGCAAGGCCUUCAGGCUAAAAUUCUCACUCAGGGAGCACCUGCACCUACCUGCACAGUGGGGCGAAGCCUUACAACUGCAGCCAGUGUGGCAAGUUCUUUAGCUUCAGCUUCUAUCUCAGGAAGCACCAGCGCCUGCACACUGGGGAGUAGCCCUACCACUGCUCCAUCGGCCAGAAGCAUCAGAGCAGGAUGCACACAUAGCCGAGGAGCGGGAAAUCUCAGAAUCCACACCCAAGUGGCAGGUCCUGAGUCCAUGGGUCAGUACUAGACUUGACAUUGGAGCCCACAAGUAGGGUACCGGAGAAGUCCUACCCAGAAGGGUCAUCGAGGCACUGGGGACAGGCCGUACCAUGCUCACUUUUGCUUUUGUAGCAUCUGCAGGGCCAUGUGGAAAGCAGGCCCCUACAGGUCCUGUAUCGGAGUGUGACCUGGGGCACUGUGUCUCCUCACUGAGCUGGAGAAAGCUGACCUGUGAGCUUGGACAAUGCAUUUAGUACCUCUAGGGCUCCCAUCUCUUCAGUAGAAAAGUGGAGAAGUCGGAGUAGAAAGGAAGAGGGGUAGAUAGUCUGCAUGGGGACAUUGUCACUUUGUCACACAAGACUGGGUUUUGUCCAGAGAUCGGGAUGUCACUGUCUGUGUGUUUCCUCCUUUUCCCCACACAGGGCCCCUAGUUUCCCUGCAACACCAGCUGGAAGGCCCCAAGCUCAUGAGCUGUAGAAGUUAGCAGUUGGUUCACGAGGAGGAAAAAAAUUUUUUUUCAGGAUUAGGAAGUACCAGUACUGGCUUCAGAUACCAAAGUUUAUCACAGUGGCCUGCUAAAUUUUUUUUAAAUAAAACUUUGAAUUAAGUGAGACCAGUGGUAUUUUGAACAGUCAUCAGGUGCAAAAGACGCAGGGACCAGUUUCCUGUCCAAAUGAGUGUCAGUGCUUUGGGGGAGGGAGCGCCAAUAGGACACCCAAACCUAAGGAACCUAGCAAGCCCACCCCGGGCCACCUGUGCCUGGUGGCCCUGGAUUCCUGGCUUGGCAAUGGUCGCACCAUGUCUCAUGCCUAUUAGCAGAAGAGUUUUCUUUGGGGUUUGCUGGUCUUCCAUGAUGAUGAAGAAAUAUUUUCAGGAAAUGACAUCUGCCCACAGCACACAUAGUCCCCCCAGCAGCAUGAAGGAGGCACGCUCGGAGUGGCAACAAUGGCAUCACCUAAGGAUCCUUAGCAGAUUGGCUACGUAUAUUCACUCUAUCUGGGUAAGAACUGGUGAGGAAGAGCUGAAGAUGCCCAUAAUAUAAGAUGCUCUGAGAUACAGCAUUAAAUGAAAGACCAAUGGACAAUAGUAUCUGCAUUCUCCUUUGUGUUUUACUUUUUGGGGGAAGAAAUACAACUUCAUAGAAAUUUACUGCAUUUUAUCAUACAAAAGCCUAAGACCAGCAGGACAGUAGAAAAGUAGAAAGCUUACAUUUUCAGUAUUGUAUUGCCUUUAAAAUGGCAUUUUAUUUUCUUAUGGGCAAAAAUGUAUGAGAUUUACUGUCUUUUUUUUUAAUCCUCACCUGAGGAUAUGUUUAUUAAUUUGAGAGAAAGGGAGAGAGAGAUUGCUAUGAGAAAUGCAUUUUGACAUUUUUAUUCACCCAGCAAAUCAUCCUUGUGAUGCAGACACGUUCAAUUAGCCCAGGAAGUUUUUCUUUCAUUUUCUUUUGCCCAUCCCCCACUCCCCAGUGACCAACCACUAUGAUUUAUUUGGCCUAUUCUAGAAUUUUAUAUGUAUGGAAUCAUAUGCCAUGUACUCUUUUUAUCUUACUUCGUACACUUGGCUUUUUUUUUUUUUGAGGUUAUGUCAUCUGUGUGUAUCCGUGGUGCUCUCUUUUUUUCUUUAUUUUUAUUUCUAAAUCCUAUCCGAGGAUAUGUUUAUUGAUUUGGAAAAAGUGUGUGAGAAACAUCAAUCGGUUGCCUCCCAUAGAGGCUAAAACAUGUGAUCAAACCCACAAUCUCUUGGUGCGCAGGGUGACACUCCAGUCAACCAUGUCACCCAGUGAGGGCUAUAGAUGACUCCUUAUUGCUGAGUAACAUUCUACAUCAUGGAGAGUCCACGGUAUAUUUAGCCAUUCACUGGAUGGUAAACAUAUGGGUCGUGUCCAGUUGUGGACAUCUUUCUGCAGACACAGUCUGACCUUUCUGUUGAGAAUAGUUGGGUCAUACAUAGGAACAUAUUUAACUUUUUUAGAAACUGCCAAACUUUUUCCUGAAGUUGUGUCAUUUUUUUGUCUCCACCAGUGCACUCUGGGAAUUUCAUUGCUCCGUGUGCUUGUCAGAACUGAACAUGCUCAGUCUCUCAUGGAGCCGUUCUCGUGGGUGUGCAGUCUUACCCGCCUCCAGCUUGCAGCUGGUACUGAGAACCUUUGCAGGUGCUUAUUCGCCUGCCGCUGGUGUAUUCUAUUCAGCAAAGUGUCUGGUUCAAGUCUUUUGCCGUUUUUUUUUUAAACUGGGAUGUUUGCUUCCCUAUUAAUUUUUCAAAGUUCUGUACAUAUUCUUUUGUUGUUAAUUUUUGCUCUAAGUUCGUUAUCAGAUAGAUAUUUGGCAACUGCUUCUCCCAUUCUGUGGGUAUUCUUUUUCUUGAUGUUAUCAUUUGGAAUGCAAACGUUUUUAAUGUUGAUGGGGUACAGUUUAUUUAUUUUAUUGUUCUUUGUGCUUUAGAUGUUAUAUCUGAGGAACCAUUGCAUAACCAAAGGCCACAAAGAUUCACGCCUGUUUAUAAGUUUUAGAAUUUUAGCUAUUCAUUAUUCAGGGAGACCAAUGUCAUUUUAAACACUCUGGGUGCAAAAGGUAGAGGAACAGGUUGUCCUGUCAAACUGAGUGUGAACGCUUGUGUGGGGGAAGGAGGUCGGAAUACCCCCACAGGAACCCCAGCAACCCAGCCAGCCAGCCCCAGGCCACCUGCCUCUCCCAGCCCUGCAUUCCUGGCUUGGGAAUGGUCAGACCAGAAGGCAGGACCCAGGCCCUCGGCAGCAGAGAUCAUGCAAGGGCACCUCUUGCAGAAACCCAGCCCUGUGGACCCCCG